AUGAUAAAACGCAUUGGAGGGCGUACCCUCCAGAACUGUACCCGGAGAUGUUCAACACAUACCACCAGCUACAUCUCCCCCGUCCGCAAGUUUUCCUCUACUUCAGCUCCGACCGCCAGCUAUACAAGCUCAUCGUCACCCAUUGGCAGUCUCACAGUGGAGCUGGAUCGAAUUGCGCCUAAGUUUGAGGUGAAAGCGUCCAAUAUCCAGAUCUUAAACUCCCCAGCUGCGUUCUAUGAGACUUUGAAGGACAAAAUACGGAGUGCAAAACGAAGGGUCUACCUCUCAACCCUGUAUAUCGGCAAAACAGAACAUGAGCUUCUUUCGGUCUUAAACGAGGCACUCCGCCAGAACCCGGACUUAAAGGUAUCAAUUCUGACAGACGCCUUACGCGGGACACGCGAGUCACCGAAUCCCUCGUCCGCUUCUCUCUUAGCGUCCUUGGUCGAGGAACAUGGACCAGAGCGGGUUGAAAUAAGGAUGUUCCAUACUCCUAACCUGGUUGGAAUGAGGAAAAAACACAUACCGAAACGAAUAAAUGAAGGAUGGGGCCUUCAGCACAUGAAGCUUUACGGAGUGGAUGAUGAGAUAAUUCUUUCCGGGGCCAACCUUUCAAAUGACUAUUUUACAAAUCGACUCGAUCGAUAUCAUGUUUUCCAGUCGACAGAACUAGCAGAGUACUACUCACAGAUCCAUCAUGCUAUCUGUAAAUUCAGUUUCCAGGUCCUGCCCGAUACAAAGAGCAAGCAGGGGUACAUUUUGAAUUGGCCUGCUACAAAUAGCGGGCCAUCCCCUUUGGAUGACCCUAAAGAUUUUAUAUCGGCAGCAUCAAUCACACUGUCAAAAUUAAUACAGCCAUCGAAAUCCCACACUGUCUCUGCGUCGAUACCCGAAAAUCAAACAUACGUAUAUCCUGUUGCCCAAUUCACACCGCUAUUGAAGCCGGACCAAUCAACAGAAUUUCCGGCUGUUACAAGCGUUCUCAGCGCCCUUGCUAGUAAUCCAGCACUAAAAAAUUCUCGUUGGCUGUUCACGGCAGGCUAUUUCAAUAUGCACCCUGUUCUAUCAUCUCUCCUGAUCUCCAGCACUACACCUUCUCCUGAUUCCCCAAGUAAUCAGGGGACAGUCCUCACAGCCUCCCCAUGGGCAAAUGGAUUUUAUGGGUCUCCAGGUGUCUCGGGGAUGCUGCCGGCAGCAUACACUCACCUUUCUGCCAGAUUCCUAGACCGAGUUGCAGAAGCCCAGAGAACAAAUUCAAUUCAACUAAAGGAGUGGCGUAGAGGAACUGUGAACGAGCCUGAUGGCUGGACAUAUCAUGCUAAGGGGUUAUGGGUAACGCUCCCGGAUGAAAAAUACCCCAGCCUCACUUUCGUGGGAAGCAGCAAUUAUACGAAGAGAAGUUAUGGACUUGAUUUAGAAGUUGGUGCUGUUGUAGUGACUACAGACAACAGCUUGAAAGAACGGCUGGGUCAAGAAACAGAGUGGUUGCAGAAGGACUCCAAACCCAUUUCGAGAGAAGACCUCAGGAGAGUCGAACGAAGAGUUAGUUGGAAUGUUCGCCUCGCCAUGUGGAUUGUAGAGCGAGUGGGCGGCGCCCUAUGA